UCAUGAAAAGACUGGCGCAAUUACAGCUGUUAAGGUGAUGAAUGCCCGCAAGACUCCUUUACCUGAAAUAGGAAGGCGGGUGAGAGUGAAUAAGUACCAAAAGUCUGUUGGAUGGAGAUACAGUGACGAGGAGGAGGAUCUCAGGACUGAGCUCAACCUUCUGAGGAAGUACUCUUUCCACAAAAACAUUGUGUCCUUUUAUGGAGCAUUUUUCAAGCUGAGUCCGCCUGGCCAUAGACACCAACUUUGGAUGGUGAUGGAGCUAUGUGCAGCAGGAUCAGUCACUGAUGUAGUGAGGAUGACAAAAAAUCAGAGCUUAAAAGAAGAUUGGAUUGCUUAUAUCUGCCGAGAAGUCCUUCAGGGCUUAGCUCAUCUUCAUGCACACCGAGUGAUUCACCGGGAUAUCAAAGGUCAGAAUGUGCUACUGACUCAUAAUGCUGAAGUAAAACUGGUUGAUUUUGGAGUGAGCGCGCAGGUGAGCAGAACUAAUGGAAGGAGAAAUAGCUUCAUUGGGACACCAUACUGGAUGGCACCUGAAGUGAUUAACUGUGAUGAGGACCCACGACGCUCCUAUGAUUACAGAAGUGAUGUUUGGUCUGUGGGAAUCACUGCUAUUGAAAUGGCAGAAGGGGCUCCACCUCUAUGUAAUCUUCAGCCCUUGGAAGCCCUGUUCGUUAUUUUGCGUGAAUCUGCCCCCACAGUCAAAUCCAGUGGAUGGUCCCGCAAGUUCCACAAUUUCAUGGAAAAGUGCAUGAUAAAAAACUUUCUGUUUCGUCCUACUUCUACGAACAUGCUUCAGCACCCAUUUGUUCACAAUAUAAAACAUGAGCGGCAUAUUGUGGAGUCAUUAACAAAGCAUCUUAUUGGAAUCAUUAAGAAAAGAGAGAAAAAAGGGAUCCCUCUGGUUUUUGAAAGAGAAGCUAUUAAGGAACAGUACACCAUGAGAAGAUUCAGAGGAUCCUCUUGUACUCAUGAACUUUUAAGAAUACCAACCAGCAGCAGAUGCAGACCACUUAGAGUCCUUCAUGGAGAACCCGCUCAGCCGAGGUGGUUACCUGAUGAAGAAGAGCCACAGGUUCAGGCACUUGAGCAACUUCAAGGGGCAUAUAGGAUGUUCAUGCCCAUACAGCCACCGGACAGUACACAAAGGCCUCUACAGGGUCAGGUGCAGGAACCUCAACAAUUACACAAUGCAGCUAGGGUUUUCAUGCCACUACAAGGUCAGGUGAAGGGUACUGCAUUUAGGCCUCUACACAUGGAGAUUAAGGCACCCCCACGACUACGGAGAAUAUCUGGGAUGUUCAUGCCACUACAGGCUCAGGGCAAGAUGCCUAGGCUUUCACAGAUACAGAGCUCCAUCCCCAAAAAACAACAGGCUCAGGCCCAGAAAAAGAAAGAGGCUCAGGCUCAGGCACAGAAACAGGCCUUGGCAAAGGACCACAAACAGGCACCAGAACAGGCCCAGAAACAGUCUCAGGUGCAGGCCCAGGCACAGGUUCAAGCCCUAGCAUCAGAACAGCCUCAAGAUCUGGACCAGGUGCCAGAGGAAUUUCAGGGGCAAGAUCGGGUACCUGAACAACCACAAAGACAAGGCCGGGCUGCUGAACAAAGGCAGGGGCAGAACCAGCUUCCUGAACAGCAUCUGGACGAGAACCAAGCACCUGAACAGCCAGAGGUACAGGAACAGGCUGCUGAGCCUGCAGAGGCUGAGAUAGAGGCUCAGGCACCUGAGACAUUGCUAGUACAUGCCCAAGUGUUCCUGCCCCUGCUCUCACAGAACCACCAUGUUCUCUUGCCACUACAUUUGGAUACUCAGGUGCUCAUUCCAGUAAGGGAGGGAAAUGAAGAGUCACCUCAGCCACAGGCCUGGACACUAGAGACCUCACAGGCAGUUGAGUCAGUUCAAGCUCUGAUAGAGGGACUCUCAAGAGACUUGCUUCACGCACCAAAUGCAUGUAGCUCAAAGCCACUUGGUCCACUGCAAAGCCUGAUAGAAAACCUCUCACUGAACAUGUUUUACACUCAACCAGAACAGACUAGGAAGAAAAAAUCAAAAGUUUCUAGUUUAAGGCAAGCAUUAGCAAAAAGACUUUCACCAAAAAGGUUUAGGGCAAAGUCCUUACGGAGAACUGAACAGCUUGAACUUGAAGAUGUAGAAGCCCGCAGACAAAGGCGCCAACGCAGAUGGGAGGACAUCUUUAAUCAGCAUGAGGAGGAACUGAGACAAGUUGAAAAUGUAAGGGUCCAAGAGAGAUCUAGUUCUACACGUAACAACCACAAUCAGCGUGUGACGUUCUCUCCAAGUGUUCCUCAGCAGUCUCUUUUGGAACAAGCUCAGAAGCCCAUUGACAUCAGACAAAGGAGUUAUCAAAAUCCUGGGAAUUGUCCAGAAGCAUCAGAAUCUUCUGAGGAGGAGGAGAGUCCCAGGGUUUUGAGGAGGUCCCAGUCAUCACCUCCUUAUUCUACUAUUGAUCAGAACUUGCUAAUUGAUGUCCAUGUUCCAGAUGGAUUUAAAGUAGGAAAAAUAUCACCCCCAGUAUACUUGACAAAUGAAUGGGUGGGCUAUAAUGCGCUCUCUGAAAUCUUCCGGAAUGAUUGGUUAAUUCCGACACCUGUCGUUCAUCCACCUGAAGAGGAUGGUGAUUAUGUGGAACUCUAUGAUGCUGGUGCUGAUACUGAUGGUGAUAGUGAAUCUAAUACAUAUAGACGUACCUACCACCAUGCCAGUGACAAUGUUGGCUUGGAUAACCAGUUUGAACAGGCAAAUUAUGUUUGUGAAGACCAAAAUAAUGCUAAUGGCAAUGAGGAGUCUGUUGAUGAUGAACAUGGUAAUCGCGAUGGUGCUUCAAAUUGGCCAAGAUAUGGCAGAGAUGGAAGCUACAAAGAAGUUGGUAAUAAUGGAAAAGAUGGAGCUGGCAGAGGCUAUGGAAAUGGUAAUGCCAAGAGCAGCUAUGGAAGAAGUUUUGUAGGUGGAGCCAGUGCAGCCUUUGGAGGCCAAGAAGAAUAUGGAGCCAAUACAGGCAGUGGAAGAGGUGGCAGGAAUAAUGGUGGUAUGGCAGUCGGUGGAAUCAAUGAAGAGAAUGGAGCAUGUGGAUUCAGUGGAGAAAAUUACUCACAAAUAGAUGGCCUGAGACUAGAGAGACAUGUCUUCCAAGAGGUGGAACCUGAACUAGAGGAACUCAAUGGUGAAAGUGAUGCCUCAAAUUCCAUCGCCUCAGAUAUUACACCCCCAGGAUUUGAUGAAGAAAUUGACAUAUCAGUAUCCUCAGCCUCAUUGGGAUUUUCUGCUACCCACUCAUCUCCUUCCAAAGAGUCUGAGAGGACUACUGAUGCUGACUGUGACAGUGCCAUCUUAUAUGCUGGAUUUGUUGAAGUACCUGAGAAAUUGCCUAUGCUACCCUCUGAAGUCAAUGUUAACCCAUUCUAUGUCUCUUCUCCAUCUAAAAAACCACUUAUCCACAUGUAUGAAAAGGAAUUCACUUCUGAAAUAUGCUGUGGUUCUUUAUGGGGAGUCAACUUGCUGCUGGGAACUCGUUCUAAUCUGUAUCUGAUGGAUAGAAGUGGAAAAGCAGAAAUUACUAAACUUAUAAAGCGAAGGCCCUUCCGCCAGAUUCAAGUUGUAGAGCCACUCAACUUGCUGAUUACUAUCUCUGGCCGUAAGAACAGACUUCGGGUGUAUCAUUUGACUUGGCUGAGGAACAAGAUUCUGCAUAAUGAUCCAGAAAGUAAACGGCGUCAAGAAGAAAUGCUGAAGACAGAGGAAGCUUGCAAAGCUAUUGACAAGCUGACUGGCUGUGAGCACUUCAGUGUUCUACAACAUGAAGAAACAACCUACAUUGCAAUUGCUUUGAAAUCAUCUAUUCACCUUUAUGCAUGGGCACCAAAGUCCUUUGAUGAAAACACUGCUAUUAAAGUAUGCAUUGAUCAAUCAGCAGACUCCGAAGGAGACUAUAUGUCAUAUGAAGCCUAUAUACGAAUACUGGCAAAAAUAAAUGCAGCUGAUCCAGCGAACCGGUUUAAGAGACCAGAUGAGCUCCUCCAUUUGCUAAAGCUCAAGGUAUUUCCAACUCUUGGUUAUAAGCCAGUGACAGUUGACCUAACAAUUGGUCCUGAGAAGACACUGAAGAUUUUCUUCAGCUCAGCAGAUGGCUAUCACAUCAUUGAUGCGGAAUCAGAAGUUAUAUCUGAUGUGACCUUGCCAAAUAAUAAUAUCAUAAUUUUACCUGAUUGCUUGGGGAUUGGUGUGAUGCUCACCUUCAAUGCUGAAGCUCUCUCUGUGGAAGAAAAUGAACAACUGUUCCAGAAGGUCCUUGAAGUAUGGAGGGACAUACCAUCUUCUGCAGCAUAUGAGUGUACACAGAGAACCACUGGAUGGGGCCAGAAGGCCAUUGAAGUGCGCUCUUUGCAGUCAAGAAUUCUGGAAAAUGAGCUGAAGCGCAGGGCAAUCAAGAAUCUGAGAUUUCUCUGUACCCGUGGUGACAAGGUGUUUUUUACCUCCACCCUGCGAAAUCACCACAGCCGAGUGUACUUCAUGACCCUUGGGAGGCUUCAAGACAUCCAAAGCAAUUAUGGUUUUUAAAAGGUUCCUGUGAUUUGUUACAACAUCUACAUAUAGAAUAUAUAUUCAAUUGCAUCUUCACAUUUCUGAGAUUAAGUGAGCAUUCACUUUUAUUGCCAGAGAAAAAUUAAAUCAGAAACUUAACUUUUAAUGUAGCACAGAGUAGUUUUUAUGAGAAAUGCAGCUUGAUAUAUAAAAUUAACAAUAGCGAGCUCUAUGUACUCCAAUGGUGUACAAUGUCUUUUGCACAAACUUUGUAACUUUUGUUACUGUGAAUUCAUUCUUUAUUCUUAGGUCAGUUUGGACAGUAUCUGUAUUCAGACUUACAAUACUGAGUAAAGAAUCUUAUGUGUUAAUUACUAACAAAUGAAUUGGCCUUGAAUAGAACUUUUCCAGAGUAUAAGAAAGUUAAAUUUAUCCACAAUUUUUUCAAAGAAACAAUGAUCAGACCAUACAAACACUGUAAUGACUAUGCAAUAGUCUAGACUAUGGUUGAACAACCUGCAUGCCCAGAGUGUGUUGACGUGAUAAAUAAGGACACAUCUUCCAUCUCCUCCCAAUUAAGAUCAUAGUCAAAGGCCAGUUGUAUUCUGUUUUUACUCCUUGUUUAGCUGGUUUUCUCCCAAUGAGAAGAAAAGGAGGAAGCUUCAUAUGCUUGAUUUCCUCAGAAUCCUCAAAGAUGUGCACUAGCUAUUUUUACAAAUCACUAAAUUACAUACUUGUAAGGCUGAAUACAGAACUGAACUUCAAUACAUAUGUACUGUAGAAAGAGUUUUCUUUUUUUAAUACUUAAAGUAGGCGUCAGAAUCUGUGCCCCAAAAUAGCCUCUUUGUUUUUUCCAAAAUCAUUACCUGGCCAAUAAUAUGACCAUUAGACUAAGCCUAAAUUCGACUGUUUAAAAUUUUCCAGUUACUAAAGAACAACAAAGAAUAGUGAGACUUCAAUGGCAAAUAUUUGUUUCCAUGUUUUGAUUGCUGUAAAAUCAGUAAUUAACUAAAAAUUACGUCAGUACCAAACACAGAUUUAAUGUUAUAAAAAAAUGAAGAUUUUGAAAAAUCAUAUCUACAUCUGUAAAAUUACAAGAAUGAAAGUCAUGCUAGCCCAUCACCCAAAAAUGGUAUAGACGCCAUAGAUAGGUGAUAUUUAGUCACCUAUGGCAAUUGCUACCUGGUAAAAAGCAUAAUUAAUGCAUGUCCAUCCUCAAUGUCAAGGUUCUGGGGCAAGAAGCAACAGAAACACCACAAAGUAUACCUCAUUAAGAAUUCCUCUAGCUCUACUUCUAAAAUCUGAAGAUGGUGCUAGUAGGGCAAUAAGUUUUAAACUACCUGGUUAACCAAAAUCAAAAGCAGCUGACAACAUGUGAUUUCAUGAUAGCACAUCAUUUCUUGGCACCCUAGUGCUAAAAAUGAAGAUUUGGAUUUUCCUAACAACUUUUAUCAAGAUCAUGAGUGUAGUAACUCAAAGUUGAGAAUGUAGAAGAACUUGAAUCCGUUAAAGAAACAAAUGUGAAUCACGUUCUGUUACUGUGAUACAAUAAUGUGAUUCUCCAACUGGCUUGUCCGUUAGUGUUUACAACACCAAUGACUUUUUAAAUGCAAUCGUUUUGCAAAGGAAAACAACCUUUCAUUUCAAAAUAUUUUCAUAGAAGUAUUCAUUAUUCUAAGUUUGUACACCAAAAGGCCAUGGGGAACUGUGCAAAUACCUCAUUGCUGAGCAAAUGGAGCUUGCUAUGUUUGAAUUUCAGAUUUUUUUCUCAUUUAUGUAGUAAGUAGGAACAAGUCUUUUAGUAAUUCUUUUUUUUUUCUUUAUAAUAUGUACUCAAAGUUAAGCUUAACGUUUUUAUCUAAAAAUUAACUUUUUAUCUUAAAAUCAUAUAGUUAAAAGUAGUUUAGGAAGUCAACUCCAGUUGUCCUCUGUGGCACUUAUCCAGCAAACACAGGCAAGAGUGAACAGAAUUUUAGAGAUGUUCCAAAGCAACCACAAAUGAAAGAUUAGAAAUUUAUAACUGAGCUUUCAAGGAUAUGAUGUUAAUAAAGAAAGAAAACUAGGCAUAUAGCAAGAAGUGAGAUGGAAAUGAGCAGCCACAUAGAAAAGACUGACAUUAUUUGAAGUGGUUUAUUAGGUAAAAGAUAUUUCCAACAGAGAUGCAAAUCAGUCUGAAUUUACAUCCUUUUCUGGCUGAAACAAAAAGGUGAAGGGACAAUGAAAUCUUAAAAGUACCUUGCUGGGUACUUUGUAAUAGAUGGAAGAGAGUAUAUCUCUACAUCACUUAGAGCAACAGCACCUGGAAGCUCUAGUCCAUCCCAGAAGUGUUGGGAGGGUUUUCGCAAAGGCAGUUUUCCUUAGUCAUCUUGUUUGAAGCAUGGAAGUUUUAGCAGGUUGUGAGCAGCACUAAUGAGAGAGUUUGCCUUUGUUUUAGUGAAAUUUUGUUUUGUUUUGUUUUACACCAAAGCCAAUUUUCCAUAGUAAAACACAUAAUUGGAAAUAUUUGCAGACUAGAAAAUAAUGGCUGAACAAGGCUGAUGAGAAAAAUUUCUGAGUAGUUGAGUCAGUUAAAGGAAGGUAAGAGCCUGAGAGGAAACAGUAAGAAAGUAUAAUCAUUUAGAUGGUAAAAUAUGCAGGAAUCACACAUGUAUUCUCAUUCUUUCUCCCUUCCUCUUUCUCUUUGUCUCCUUCCUCUCCCUUCCUCCCUCUUUCCCUCCUGGCCUCCUUGUCUCCCUCCCUCUCUCUUCAUCUUCCCCUUCUUCUCUUCUGUAUUUCACACAGACUAUUACUAUUUUCAAUAAAACACAUUAGAAUACACAAUUUUCAACAACACAUUUUUCAACAACACAUUUAAUGCACCAAUUUUAAUAUUUUCAGUAACACAUUAGAGUACAAACAUUGCAACAUUUUCAUUACUACCAGUUUUGAAAUAAAUUAUGAUCACUAAGCAUUUUUUUAACCAAGAUUCAAUUUGUUUAGAUGAUAUCCAUAAACUGAGGAAUGCCACACACAUUCAAUGGGAUCUUUUAAAGUACUCUUCAAUUUGUUUCUAGAAAUAUGCCUCUUUUAAACAAUUUAUAGCCAAUCUUUACUCUUAAAAAUAUUGUAACAAUCUUUGAGACUUCUAAUUGUUUAAACAGAAAUUCUGUAAUCAAAGUAUUCUUCAAUCUUUAAAAAUAAAAUUUUUCAAAACUUA